GUGGGCAUGUUUGCAUUUAUAUGUCAAAUUCACAUGUUUGCAUUUUUGCGCGCUGCUGGAGCGUCGCGCGCGCUGCAUUUUAACGCUGCUGCUGGAGCUGCGCGACGCGUCAAACCAGCCAAAGCGCGCGCGGCAAAUAAAUUUUUUGAACGCGGCGCGAAGCGCGGCUGUUGAAGAUGCUCUAACAAAAGGCACGUAGCUAGCUUUCUUCCUUCCUCCCUAUCGUUGUGUCUUCCCGGGGAGGAGCUCGCUCGCUCGUUUUGCUUGCACCAUCGGGAGACUCAUCUCUCUCCUCCUUCUCUUCUCCAUCCAACCCAAAAACCCACGCACACACACACACGCCGUCCAAACGAAGCAACCCUCCAUUGACGGCAGCAUAUAUUCCUCUCCUCCGUCGGCCGAUCCCUUCCUUCCUUCCUCCCUCCCUCAAAAUCUUAUAUAUCAACGCCGAUCCAUCACCGUCGUCGCAAGGACGCGCGCCAUUUCGCCAAGAAACCAACUACGCCAGCCAGCUGCAGCGAACACGAGCAUACGUACGUGACGGCGAUGGCGACGGCGACGGAGGCCAGGGAGGAGCUGGUGUUCUUCGACGUGGAGACGGCGGCGGCGCCGUCCCCGUCCGACGCGGAGGGCCGGUGGUGGCUGCUGGAGUUCGGGGCCAUCCUCGUCUGCCCGCGCCGCCUCGUCGAGCUCUCCAGCUACUCCACCCUCAUCCGCCCGGGGGACCCGUCCGCCGUCUCCGGCCGCUUCUCCGGCGACCCCGCCCUCUCCGCCGCGUUCCGCGCCGCGCCGGCCUUCGCCGACGUGGCCGACGACAUCUUCGCGCUCCUCGACGGCCGCGUCUGGGCGGGCCACAACAUCCGGCGCUUCGACUGCCACCGCGUCCGGGAGGCCUUCGCGGCGGCCGGCCGCGCCGCUCCGGAGCCCGUGGCCGUCGUCGACUCGCUCAACGUGCUCGCCCGGGGGUUCGGCCGCCGCGCCGGGGACCUCAAGAUGGCCACCCUGGCCGCCUACUUCGGGAUCGGCAAGCAGACGCACCGCAGCCUCGACGACGUGCGCAUGAACCUCGAGGUGCUCAAGCACUGCGCCGCCGUGCUCAUGCUCGAGUCCAGCCUCCCCGUCGGCGUGCUCCCCGUCGCCGACGACGGCGCAGUCACCAGGCGCCGCAGGGCCGCAUCUUCCAGUUCCACCACGACGGCUCCUCCCCGUCCUCCUGCCACCCCGGUUCUCAAGGUGAACGGGAGGUCGUGCAAGAGGGACAGCACGGGGAAGGUGGUGACUCCCGCGAAGGGAGCGGCGACGGCGACCACCGGCGAUGGCCGGAGAGUGCGGCGGCCGAUGGCGACGGUGCCGUUCAGCAUGGUCCUCCGGCACUCCCGGGCCAUCGUCAGAUGAUGCAUCCAUCGGAUCGGCCAACUAAUUGCUAGCUUGGAUAUAUACAAAUUAGCAUUCAUUCAUUUCUUCAUGGCAAUGUACAAACAACCAUGCUUGCUAGGUAGCCGUGUUCAUAUUCAACCAAGGUUGAAUUAAUUAGAUAUUUGUUGCUGUAAAUAAUCUUGUUGUCAGCAUUUCAUUCAUUUGUAAAUGCAUGCUCCGUAGGUCUCAGCUGGAGUAUCAAAAUAACCAACUGUUGUAUGUAUUCACUCCGUUGUAAAUCUGUACAGAAUAAUAACAAAUCUUUCAUUUCUUGGUUUCUUCUUCUUCUAAAUGAAGCACUGAUUUUAUUUCUCGCUGUAAUUAUUGUUGUGGUGCCACUGCAAACAGGUGAAGCGGGGUUUAUUUAUUUACCAUUGGUAUAGCCCCACUUUUUAAAAUAAAAAUCCCCAAACUAAAAUCACCAAGGUAAAUUGCUAAGAUGAAACCAAAAAUAUAUAUUCCCAGAACCUGCAUGGAAAUGGUCUUCAGGAACCAGGGAGGUGACUCUACACCUCUCCCUCACCAGCCCAUAGGGUAGCUAACACCUAAUGAUAGAUUUCAUCAUUUCACACAUACAAAAUCAUACAAGAGUUGGGACAUAUAGCCUGAGCAGGUGAACAUCUGAUCUGCAAAUCCACCUUUCAGAUGCCGUACCGUGACACGGGAUGAGACACAAAUCAGCGUGUGUAAAA